GACACACAGGAAAUGACAUCAUCAAGCCAUUUGCUAACACCAUGGGUAGACCAAAGCCUUGCAGAGCUCAGGGCGGCUGGUGGUUUCCAAAGUGCAGCAGCCAUUGAGGACAGCGGAGAGCUGCGAGGACGCAGUGAGCGGGCCGGAUGUGAGGCUAAAUACGACACCAUGCUGCUGGAGUAACAGGCCGUAUUGCUGGGCCUACUGAAGGGAAGGGAGGCACAGGGGAACCAGAACCAGAACUACAUCAUGGAGGUCAUGGAGAGAGAGGAGACCGAUGGACGCCGCCACAGCAGCGAGGACACACACAUCUGUGAUAAAUGCUGUGCCGAGUUCUUCACUUGGACUGAACUGAGUGAACAUCAGAAAGUCUGCACAGAGGAUCCCUUGGUGCUGAUAGUUAAGGACGACGACGGGAUGCAAGCUCCUGAGGAAUCUCCUGUUGGACCCUCUCCGGUUCCCAGUGUGGUGUCUAGUGACUCGUCUGCAGCCGAGUCCACGGAAGCCGGCUUUGUGCUGGGGGAGACGCUGGCGAACAACAACGUCAGUCUGGAUAAUUUAGAAGAAGGCUUGGAGCAUGAUGAGGACAUGGAGAUCGAGCAGGACAAAUACGCGCUGACCUCCAGCCCUCGGCCCCCAGAUUCAGCCGAGUCCACCUCCCCCAAGGUGUCAGCUGUCGGUGGCUACGGCAUUCCGAGCACAAAUGUGACACUGGAGAUCCUUCACAGCACCAGGGUGGCUGUCGCUCAAUUCUCCCAGGGAAUCGGCAGCGGUGGCACCGGGGGAAAGGUGGCUUCAUCAGCGAUCCCGGUGAUCCUUGAGCACCUGCUGGCGCUGCAGCAGCAACAGGUCCACCAGCUGCAGCUCAUUGAGCAGAUCUGCAGCCAGGUAGCCUUCAUGAACAAACAACCAACACAGGCAGCGCUAAACCCGGCCUCCAGAUCUCUGUCUCUGGCGCCUAACCCUUUCUCUUCUCAAGGCAUCGCCCCUCCUCCCAUCCUGCCACUGUCCGGAACGAUGCCCUCUUCUGUCAACGGACAGGCUGCGGUUUCUCUGUCCUCCGUGCUCGAGAAAUCAUAUGGUCUCCCCUCACAAACUGUAUGCGGCCAGUCCACUUUUAGAGAUGUAACAUGUACCUCAGCUCCCUCGGAAAACCUGCCUCUCUCCAGCUGCAGCAGCGGCACAUUACUGCCUCCUUACGCAGGCUCACACACCGGCAGCAUGAGCUGUCCUCAGACACUGAGCUCCUCCAGCCCGCUCCCCCUGGGGCCAAGCAGCCUCCUCAGCUCAUCCUCCAGCCUCCCAUUUCUACCUCAGAGCCCCCCCAGCGGCGUCAUUUUCCCCAAUCCCUUGGCGAGCAUCGCUGCCACAGCCAGCGCACUUGACCCCCUCGCAGCACUGAUGAAGCACAGGAAGGGCAAGCUGCCCAGCGUGCCCUUGUUCGAAACCAAGCCCAGCCCAGAGGAGCCCUUCUUCAAGCAUAAAUGCAGGUUCUGUGCCAAAGUGUUUGGCAGCGACAGCGCUCUGCAGAUCCACCUGCGCUCCCAUACAGGAGAGCGGCCCUUCAAAUGCAACAUCUGCGGCAAUCGCUUCUCCACGAAAGGGAACUUAAAGGUGCACUUCCAGAGGCAUAAAGAGAAGUAUCCUCAUGUUCAGAUGAACCCUUACCCGGUGCCAGAGUAUCUGGACAAUGUGCCAACAAGUUCUGGGAUUCCCUACGGAAUGUCCUUCCCUCCAGAAAAACCUGCCUCCUCAUGGCUGGAGAGCAAACCUGUUGUAGCAACUCUGCCAGCCACCUUGGGCCUUCCGCUUUCCUCCAGCAUUACCAGCAUCGGAGGCUCAAAUGACCCUAUAAGUGUAACACCAUCCGUUAAAUCUCCCCACCAGCCAGCUCCUGGUGAAUGUGUAUCUUUGUCACCCAACCACGGGGGCAGCGAGGCUCAUCUCUCUCCAGUUUCAGCGUCUCCACAGUCCUACCGUGAGACACAAGUGUCCAAUAUACUGCAAACAGAGGGAGUGCACCUGCCCCAGAACUGCUCCCUGAGACCGAGAGCCAACCCAGUAACAGAAGCAACCAGCACUACGAUACCAUCCUUGGCCACCACGCCUGAACCUGUCCCCUCGGCAUCCCCUGUCUCAGACUCCCCGGCCCUCUCGUUCAGCUCAGACGAAGCUAAAUUCCCAACCGGCAGCUUCCUGGACUCUAUGCAAACAUCUGAAACCUCGAAGCUCCAGCAGCUGGUGGAGAACAUCGACAAAAAGAUCACAGACCCCAACAAGUGUGUCCUCUGUCACCGCGUCCUCAGCUGUCAGAGUGCGCUGAAGAUGCACUACCGCAUUCACACAGGCGAGAGGCCCUACAAAUGCAAAGUGUGUGGCAGGGCUUUCACCACCAAGGGCAACCUAAAGACGCACAUCAGUGUCCACCGAGAAGAUGCCCCCGUUCAGGUGCAACACUCCUGUCCCAUUUGCCAGAAGAAGUUCACCAAUGCUGUAGUCCUCCAGCAGCAUAUCCGAAUGCACAUGGUGGGGCAGAUUCCAGACUCGAACCUGGUGGACGGGCUCCAGGAGAUGGACGGCGACGCCUCCCUCAACGAGAGGAGCUUUGACAGCCUUAGCAGCAAUGACAAUGACCUCGUUGAUGACAUCUCAAUAGAGGAUGACAAAGAGGACGAGGAAGAGGAGGUGGAAAACAUGGAGGAGGUUGUAAAUCCAUUCAAGCCCUUGAUAUAUGAAUGUAAUUCUCCUCCUAAGUCCUCCAGCAUUGUUUCCAGUAUAGCUGCACUGGAGAACCAAAUGAGGAUGAUUGACUCCACUAUAAGCCUAAACUACUCCUUUGGCAUAAAACCCCUGACAAAUGGUUUCAAUGACAACGGCCAACACAACGUUAAAUUCUCGCUAUCGGAGAAAAGUCCGGAGAACUGCAGAUCAAAUGUGUCGGAGUCCUCCUGUUCCCCUCGUGUAUCAGUGUCCCCAGUUCAAAGCAGCGCAGAGGGCGUGGCGAUGAAAUCACUUGCAGUGAGCAGCAACAGGCCAGAGCUCCAAGAGCCUUUGGCAGCCUCGGUGAAGAGAGAGAGAUCUGAGUCUCCUACCUCAGCAUCGGCAGCUGCAUCGGCCCAAGAGCUGAGAGGAAUACAGGCCAGCAAGCUCUGUGUGAAAGAGGAGACUCCUUAUAGUAUGUCAUUCCAGCUGAGCAGAGAAAGAGCUGCAGGUCACAGCAUUCCCAGCCUGGUUACCAGCACGUCGUCGGGCCUGAUAAAAGCUGAGGUGAACGGUCAUCAACACAACCCGUCUGAAGGGCAGCACCCACCAUUCAGCAUCCACAUCCCUCCGGCUUACGCAUCGGUCGGCAGCCCGGGGAUGACCUCCCUGUUCGGCCCUGCGCCUCCCCGUCGAACGCCGAAGCAGCACAACUGCAACGCCUGUGGGAAGAACUUCUCGUCAGCAAGUGCUCUGCAGAUCCACGAGCGCACGCACACUGGAGAGAAACCGUUCGUGUGCUCCAUCUGCGGCAGAGCUUUCACCACUAAAGGCAAUCUGAAGGUCCACAUGGGAACUCACAUGUGGAACAACGCACCUGCCAGGAGAGGCCGGCGGCUGUCGGUAGAGAACCCCAUGGCCCUGCUGAGUGGGGAAGCGGCGAAGUUUGGCGAGAUGUUUCAGAAGGACCUGGCGGCUCGAGCGAUGAACGUAGAUCCUGGAUUUUGGAACCGCUACGCUACAGCUAUUGCCAACAGCCUGGCCAACAAGAACAACGAGAUCUCAGUGAUCCAGAACAGAGGCAUCUCUCAGCUGCACCCUCUGACUGCAGGCAUGAACAGAGUGAGCGCCGCAGGAAGUCCAAUAACCAGUCUAACCAAGACAGGCAUGGACCUGGGGAACAAUAGACAUUUUUCUAUGCUCAUUGAUGACAGCAAAGAAAUUGGAAUCAAUUGAAAAGAUGAAUGGAGACUUGAUACUUAUGCAAUCUAUUAUGGACAUUAAAAUAUUUGUAAAUCAUCUCCUUUGUUCUUAUGUAUUAUAUAUAGACUUAAAAAAGAACUUUUUAUGAAUUGACAGAGAAUUGUAGUGUAUUCACAUUUUGCUAUUUUACUUUGCCGUCAUUUGUGAAUUUUUUUUGUUGUUCUCUAUACAUAAAAUAAGUUGGGUAACUUGUACCUGAAAAUUCCUACGGUGCUGAGAUGUAUGGUUGCUCUGAAGAAGGGGACAUAUGUUCAAAUCAAUAAUGCAAAGAGUCUGUUAUCUCCUCCGGACAGCUGCACAAUGCUGCUAGCGGGUGCAAAGCACAAAAGAUGCUCAUAAAUACCCACAAUUACCAGUUGUGAAUGUGACGGUGAGAACGGUUGGACCCGAAUAAAAACUAGA